AUGACUAAAGAAGAGAAGGAUGCCGCCGAUUCCCCGGGGAUCAUAAAUCCGGACCUACCUCCCUCCGAUACAGUGCACCAUGCUCAAGAGCUUCCAAUGCGUUCCGUAUGUUAUGCUCCGGCUGGCUGGUAUUCAGCAAACUGGCAAAAUACCGGCCCCAAGGUUGGGUGGUACUUUUUCUACGGCACCCUCGCCAACGAAUCUAAACUUGCAGCCGCCAGGGGGGUUGAGGAACCCCUCUGUUUACGGCCUGCAAAGGUGCUAGGGUACAAACUCAUGCUAAGUAGAGAUCAUCUCGCGUUAGCAGAUGGACCGACUGCAGCAGAGAUACGAGGGAAGGCGCUCCAUGUCGACCUGCCAAUGCAGGCUCAAGGACUACGGAGAUAUGUGCCGGAUGUUUUUACAACGGAGUCUUGUCAAAUACAUUUCUUGUCUGGGGAUAGGAAAGUGAUUCAUGGUUUCACUUUCAUGUGGGAUGGGACAGUGGGAAAGUAG